GAGCAGGAGAGCUGUGUUUCCAUGUAUGACCAGAUAUGGUAAAGUGAGUUGGAUACAGAUAUUGCUCAGCUUAGCACUUCUGGAUUGGCCACUAACGUAAACGACAUGGAGAAUCAAGCAAGAGUCAAAGAAUCUGAUUUGUCAGACACUCUUAGUCCAAGCAAGGAAAAAAGCAGUGACGACACUACUGAUGCCCAAAUGGAUGACCAAGAUCUAAACGAACCUAUUGCUAAAGUAGCUCUUCUCAAAGAUGAAUUGCAGGGUGCACAGUCAGAGACUGAGACUAAGCAAGAAAUUCAGCAGCUGCACAAGGAGCUGAUUGAAGCCCAAGAGCUAGCUAGGACAAGUAAACAAAAAUGCUUUGAACUUCAAGCGCUAUUGGAAGAAGAGAGAAAAGCAUAUCGAGUGCAAGUUGAAGAAUCCAACAAGCAAAUAAAUGUGCUGCAAGCUCAGUUGCGAAGAUUACAAGAAGAGAUUGAGAAUCUUCGUGAGGAAAAGGAAAGUGAGGUUUCGAGCACUCGAAAUGAACUAGUCAGUGCUCAGAAUGAGAUUCUGUCACUUCAGAAAGUAGCAGAAAAGACAGCAUCAGAACGGGAUACGGAUAUUUCUGCAUUGCAAAGUGAGCUGCAGUCAGUGCGAGCGGAACUUGAACGGUGGCGGAAAGAUGCCUCAGAUUAUGAAAAGGAAAUUGUCAGUCUGCAAGCCAGUUUUCAGCUCAGAUGUCAGCAGUGUGAGGAUCAGCAGAAGGAAGAGGCUACUCGCUUAAAAGGCGAACUUGAAAAGCUGAAGGCAGAAUGGAGUGCUCUGGAAGCUGAAUGUGUUACACUAAGGAAGGAAAAUACUUUGCUUACAUCUGAGCUUCAGCGACAAGAAAAGGAGCUUUCUAGCUCUCAGAAACAGAGUUUAGCGCUAACCAGCGAUAUAAGUGUUCUUGAAGUGUCUCGAAAGGAACUUGAAAAUCAGAUGAGAUCUUUGAGAGAAAAACAUCAACGGGAUGCAGCUAGUCUAAAAAGCCAACUCAGUGAAGCUGAGAGUCAAGCAAAAGAUGUUCAGAAAGAGUAUGAAAGAACACAGACUGUGCUCUCAGAGCUGAAGGCGAAGUAUGAGGUGGCUGAACAAGAAAAUCAGUCACUCACAGAAGAACUCAAACAGUGUAAAGAAAACCUGAAGCUGCUACAAGAAAAAGGAAACAACCCUUCCAUAUUACAACCCGUCCCAGCCGUAUUCAUCGGCCUAAUCCUGGCUUUCCUGUAUUGGUGUUACGGCCCAUUGUGGUAGCGAAAGAGACAAUGGCCUUGGAUGCCUGUGAUGGCAGCUUUGGUUGCUGUAACAGCCGUGGUGCUGUACCCAGGCCUAACCAGAGCUUCUCCAUGAGAACUGUUGUUGAAUCCAUACACCGUCCUCCUUUUAGAAGCUGGCAACAUUCAUAUACUGAGGGAAAACAGAUUAAUUCUCUUCCUUUUUACCUCUUAAUACAGCACAGCUCUUCGUGAGAACAGCAGUAGGGUUAUUUGCUUUAAACUGUAUAAAAUGUAUCUGUCUAUAAAGAGGGAAUAAAAU